AGCAGGCACUCUCGCACAAUCACCCGCUCGCCCUCCUGGACGCGCCCGCCCUCUAGCCCCGUGAGUGACACCACACACUGCCUCUUGCCAGCAGGCACUCUCACACAAUAACCCGUUCGCCUUUCUGGCAGCGCCCACCUUCUAGCUCCGUGAGUGAUCCCACACACUGCCCUUUGACAGCAGGCACUCACACAAUAACCCGCUCGCCCUCUAUAUUUCCGUGAGUGACAUCACAUACUGCUCCCUGACAGCAGGCACUCUAACACAAUAACCCGUUUGCCCUUCUGGCCGCGCCCGCCCUUUAGCCCCGUGAGUGACACCACAUACUGCCUCCUGACAGCAGGCAUUCUCACACAAUCACUCUUUGGUCCUCCUGGCAGCACCCACCUUCUAGCUCCGUGAGUGAACCCACACACUGCCCUCUGACAGCAGGCACUCUCACACAAUAACUCGCUCGCCCUCCUGGCCGCGCCCGCCCUCUGACCCCGUAAGAGAUACCAUAUACUGCUCUCCGACAGCAGGCAUUCUCACACAAUAACCCGCUCGUGCUCCUGAGGACUUACCGCCACGUUCUUAUCUACUAAGUAGACAGAGAAGAUAAGAUCUGUGGGUUGUGAGCCUAGUUUUUUGAGUCACAUAAAGAUUACCCCCAAGUAAAAUAUGUAUUUCAAAUACUUGCUUUUGUUCCAAGGAUUUGUUUUUCCCGGUACCGGUAAUCAUUUUACUUCAUUAGGUUGGUGAUUUUAUUCCAAGUGCCUAUGUUUGGUGAGUAGGGAAUUGUUUGGGGAAAAAAUAGUGACAAUAGCUACCACUUACGCCUUCUAUUUCGAAAGUAGGUUAUCAAGAAUGAUGAAUGAACACUCAUUUAACGGUCCUUAUCCUUUCACUUACCACAUGCACCUACAUUUCACCCCAAAUUCUCCGAUUUACCAUAGAACAUACACAGUUGUUACUUUUCCAAUCUCUAGAUUUACUUUACCUGUGAUACCCAAACUUGCUGCUCCAUUUUCUGUUAAUUUAAGGUAAGUGCUCUUAUUGUUAUUUGCAAACGAUGUUGUUAACAUGAUCGUUAAAAAUUAAUUGCCUGUUAUUACUCCCAGAAUACUAAAUUUAUUUUUUAAUAUUUUAUUUUUAUUGAGUGUCUGUAGCAAGAUUUAGAAUUAGAUAAAAUGUACCUAAGUAAACAGCCACUUAAAUAAAUAAUACACGAAAACUUCUGACAGUAUUUUUUUUAUAAUAAUAGUAGGAUUACGGAAUUUUCUUACUGGUAAAGAUCCAACAUUAUUAUACACAGUUCUCCUGUUCAAUUCGAACAUAUGUUUAUGUUUACUAUAUAAAUGUACACUUUCACAAGUUUCCUGUUCAAUGCUCUUCACUAGUGUUUAUGUACACAUAUAAUCUUUGGGUUCUUCCACGAUCUAAUUCUAUUGUUUUGUACAAACAUUUGUUUGCUACUCAGCGUGAUCCUAUUGAAUCGACUAAGUGUUGACUUAAAAUUACAAAGGUAAACCAAUAUUAUUAGUAUCGGAGGGUAACCCAAAUCAAGAAAUGUGAGUGUCAGUUUGGCCAUUAUAUAUGUUGUUUCGUUUUGUUAAUGUAUCAAUGUCCAAGAGUGAGAGGGAAGCAUUGCAUUUUAUCGUAUCUUUCAGGUAUUUAACAGUCACAUACCGCCGGAGUCCUACAGAUCAAAGGUUUAUAUCAAGUUAAAGAUCAUAAGCAUGUGUAGUGCUCGAUUCGGCUGAACACACAAAAUAACAAAUACUGCAUGGUUGUCGACUUCUUUCUGCAUAAUGUUUCAAUUCAUUAUGCAUCCUACAUUUAAUGCAUCGUUUCAAAUAAUCUUUACAGCAUCAAAAUAAAAUGACUAUUUAAGCUUUCGCUACAAAAAACGGAAUAUCGCUUUAUGCUAUUGUGAAAUAAUAUUUUCUGGUGUUGGUCUAUUAUAGCGCUUUCAAUGAAUAAAUGUCAAUACAGUGAUUUUUUAAGUUCGUCUUCAGUUCAUUGUAGUCUAGUCAUUUUAUUUUGUUUCUCUGGUAGUUUCAGAUAGCAAAUUGUUUGUACUCAAGCACAUUUUUUUUUACACGCUGAUUUAUUAUUGCGAUUUUCAAGCAUCUACCAUAUCAUUUAUUUAAUAUGAUCUAUUUUCAUGUAGUUAGUUAACUAAAUCUACAAUAGCGUAAACAUCUAAAUGAGAAAGAUAGUUAUGAAUGCACAUAAAAAUAACUGUUGUGUUGUGCGUCGUGAUCUGCAUGCGUUUUGUGUGUGAAUGUUUAUUACAAACACUACCACUUUAUUACUACGAUAUAUUUAAUGAAUUCCUUAGAAUUACUUACUUUUACAAGUUUCAAUCAUAAUAUUUUAAAACUUUAAUAUUUUUAAUUAUAGCCAACAAACACCUACACUAACAUUGAGUGACCGAUGCGUUUUUAUUUUGUUAUUGUUUAAAUAUCAGCACCAUUGGCUGCUUGAGAUGAAUAGGCUCUUUGUCAUGAAAAAUAAUGUACUAAUUGUUGGCAACUGUACUUAAUAAGAAUAUUAGCAGCUAUUUCACUAUUCUGAAAGAAUAAAUAUUAAUAACUUUUCUAGAAAAUCAUUAAAAACAAAUGAUUUUUUUUUGCUCCAUGGUCACGUGACUAAAACGCCUGCGAUUGGCCAAGACUAAAAUGACGUCACACGCUAGUAAACUUCCUUCCAAAGUGACAUUAUGUCGUAUCGUUUGACGUUUUAAUGACAGUCGUGUGACGUUACACACUAGUGAGACGCCAUUAUGGUCAGGAAAGCAUAUUCGCGGCAACUUGAAAAUUGAAUUUCAAUUUAGUUUUUUUACUGAAUUACACAAAAGAAUAAAAAAUAUCCACUUUUUAUGGACUUCAUAAACAUUAGAAAAUAACGUGCGAUCGUUUUCUAAAACUUGUCGAAUACCGUAUUGGUAGAAUUUGUGUCACUGACAAUAUUGCCAAAGAAGAAGAACUAAGAAUUUAUUAUGGACCUUCUUUUAUGUUAGUAUCAAUUAUUACGUCAUUAGACACAGGAGCCAGGAGCAAAAUGUAAUUUAUUAUAUGUAUUAUAGAUUUAUAACUUAAUAGGAUCAAUAAUAAUUUUCAAAUUAUAAUUGAAAUAUAGUUUUAUGGCACUGAUAUUGUAGGACAUUUCAGCUAUCAAUACGUCAUGUUACAUUUAGCGCUUUGCAUAAUUUUCAUUUUUCUGCACGAAAUAACGCUAGAUUAUGAAAUGGUAAAAUGGAACAUACUUUUCUUAAAAAAAAAGGUCCAUUAAUUGCUAAUAAGGAGCUUAUUCUGAAUAUAACUAAACGGAGUCUGGGAUAAUUUUGAAACAAAUUUAAUAAAAAUUAAUUUUAAAAGGCUGAGUAGAUCUUUAUAUCAGGGUAGACAAAGUGGGUAUUUUUGGCCUUUACUCGACCGCAGCAGAAUAACGUAAAGAGGGCAACCUUCCACCUUGAAGUACUCCCACUAUACCUAAGCCCUUCAUUUAGGGUCGAACGACUUUUGGUCGCGUCCAAAUCUUUUUGUCUUUUGAAUAGGAGAUACUAGAGGGUUCAAGAAUGUUUCGGACGGAAAUGUAUUAAUCUGCCGGUUUGCAUGGUGUGGAGUGGCUGUAAGAAGGGGUGGAAAAUAGGGGGACAAAAUAUUUGAAAGAUGUUAUAUGGGUACCCUCCAGUAGCUAUUAUUUAAAAGACUGACAAAUUGAACGCGACUAGAAGUCAUGGCCGAUUGAUGUUUUUUUUGCUGCACUAGACACUCGACCCUAUAUAAAGAGCUCAGGUAUGGUUGGAUUACUUCAAAAGGUAAGCAAAAUUGCCCCCUUAUGUUAUUCUGCCACGCUCGUAAAUCCCAAAAUCCACGCUUGGGCUUGUACUAUUAAAUACUGUUCCGAUGCAAAUAAUAUUCUCAAUAAGUCCGAUUUUGAAAAGAUUUGUUUCAAAAUAAUCCGAAGCUUCGCUUACAUACAUUCAGGGUGUCUUUUUAAAGUUAUAAAAUUUUGCAAACUUGAGUUUGUUUUGCUAGCACUUCACAUGGCUAUUCGUAUUUGCUGUUUGUACAAUCGGCAGCGGUAUAUUCAUAUCAUGCUCUAUAUUAUAGAAAAUAAAAAGGAGAGACUGCUGUCAUAGUUACAAAUAGCAAAAUAUUAACUCUGUGUAAGUGCUAGCAUGUCAAUAGCGGCAGUGUAUGAUGAGUUAUGUCUGCGCCAGAAGUCGGACUCGCUGGGCAAGCUGUACGAGAUGGACGACGCGCCCGAGCGGCGCGGCUGGGUAGAGCGGUUACUGGCUUUUAUGGAAGAGCGGCGCACACCUAUCGCUGCCUGUCCGACUAUAUCCAAGCAGCCGCUCGACCUGUACCGACUGUAUCUGCUAGUGCGCGAGAGGGGCGGCUUUGUGGAGGUGACAAAAAACAAAACGUGGAAAGACAUAGCCGGCCUCCUAGGCAUCGGCGCUUCCUCUUCCGCCGCUUACACUCUUCGCAAGCAUUACACUAAGAAUUUGCUUGCGUACGAGUGCCAUUUCGACCGCGGCGGUAUAGAUCCUCAGCCGAUCAUCAACCAAGUGGAGGCGUCUACUAAGAAGAAGAGCGGCAAGUCCAAUAGCAACAAUAGUGCAGGGUCAUCGAAUUCCCAAGAGCAAUCAUUCCCCGCGGGCGGGGGCGGCGGCGGCGCGGCCAUGGAUGGCUACAGCGGACAGUACGCCGGCUACCCGCCCCAACCAAAUCAGCAACAAGGCGGUGGGCCGGGCGGGGACAACCUCGCCGCCUCCAAUCCCUUCGACGAGCCGCCGGGGCCCAGGAGACCCCCAGGUUACCAACAAGGUUACGGGUACGAAUACGGAUCUCCUUAUCAGCCAAAUAGGCCGGUUUACCCUCCCUACGGACCCGAUGGUGACAGAGGGUACCGUGGCGGCGAGUACCAGUACGGCGGGUACGGGGGCGCGUACCGCGCGGGUCCUGGCGGCGCCGGUCCGGGUCCCGGCCCGGCGGGGACUCCGCCCCCCGCCCAGCCCUACUCGGAGUACUACCGGGGCCCGCCGCACCCCCCGCACCCGCCGCAUUCGCCGCACCCGCCCCAUCCGCCGCAUCAACCCCAUCAACCUCAUCAACCACACCAACCGCAUCAACCGCCCUCGCAUGAGAUAACGGGGUCGCAGAACCUAAUGAGCUCGCAACUCGCUCGCCAGCUGGUCGCGCCGCUGCCGCCGAACCCCAGACCCUACUACGGCGGGGGUAAGCCGAUGGGAGCGGGGCCCGCGGGGGCGGCGGUGCAGGGCGCUCCCCGGAGACACCCGGACUUCGCGAAAACAGAAGGCGGCGGUUAUACGGGCGGCACGGGUGCGGUAGCGGGCGGCGUUGCGACGGCGGGGCCGAACGCGAGCGCGGGCGGCGCGCGGUUCCCGCCCGCCUGGCCGCCCUCCUUCCCGCGCGCCCAACCGCCCUCGCCGCAGCCGCCGUGGCGACCGCCGCCGCCCGCGCAACCGCCCGCCGCGUGGCCGCACCAACCGUACCAGCAACAGACAUCUGGGGCGGCGUGGAUCGGCGCGCCGCGACCGCCCUUGUCGGAAGCCGUUACCUCUCCUGGUACUGCGCCAGGAAUCGGCGCUGGACAAAUAAAAAGAGAAUUGACAUUUCCCGCCGAGUGCGUGGAAGCGACAGUACCAACGGGUGAGAAGCGGCGGAGGUUAACGAAAGCCGACGUCGCGCCCGUUGACGCGUGGAGAAUAAUGAUGGCGCUCAAAUCGGGCCUGCUCGCCGAGACGUGUUGGGCGCUCGACAUCCUGAACAUUCUCCUGUUCGACGACAACUGCAUAAGUUACUUCGGGCUGCAGCACAUGCCCGGCCUGCUAGAUUUACUGCUGGAACACUUUCACAAGAGUCUCAGCGACGUGUUUGACGCGCCCGUCCAAGAGGACGAGCCUUGGUACGCGCCGCCCAAGAGUCCCGAGCCGGUGACGGCGGGCGAGCGGCGGAAAGUGACGCCGCCCGAUCCCUCGGAGCGCGUGCGGCUGCUCUCCGGCGACAACUAUACGAUGGAGACGCGCCGCCGGCAGCCCGUCACGUACCGGCCCGACGACGAGCUGUUCGCGCCCGACGACGCAGCCGAGCCCGACCACGUGGAGGACAUCCUCGACCCCUGGCAGUUCGGCGGCGAGGGUGGCGCCGCGCACCUCAUGCCCUGCCUUCGCCCAGAGGCCGUGCACCUGCCCUUCGUGCGUGUCAUGUCCCCUCGCCGCGACCUCGCGCCUGCGACCACCAUCGCGACCGCGACCGCGUGCUCACCCGCGCCCGCGACCGCACCUUCUACUCCCAGUACCGCCGCGCCCACUCCAGCACCCGCGCCCGCGCCGCCACCCGACCCCGCGCCCGAACCGCCCGCCCCGCCCUCCUCCACCGCCGCCGCCGCCUCCGCCGACUGCGAUAACCUCGAGGCGGAGCCCAUGGAGCUGGAGCCCGAGCGCCGGCCGAACCUCCUAGUGCGGGACCCCGCCGGCGUGCUCAAGCGCCGCCGGCUCGAGGACUACGAGGAUGAGUGUUACACGCGCGACGAGCCCAGUCUCAACCUAGUGGACGACACGCGCGACACGCUCGCCAAGCGGUGCAUAGCGCUGUCGAACAUCCUGCGCGGGCUGACGUUCGUGCCCGGCAACGAGGCGGAGUUCUCGCGGUCGAGCUCGUUCCUGGCGGUGGCGGGCAAGCUGCUGCUGUUGCAUCACGAGCACGCGCCGCGGGCGGCCCGUGCGCGCGCGUACGAGCGGGCGGCGCGCGAUGAGGCGGACGCGGACGCGUGCUGCUCAAGCUUACGCGGUGGCGCCGAGUGGUGGUGGGAGGCGCUCGCGCAGCUGCGGGAGGAUGCGCUCGUGGCAUGCGCCAACAUCGCCGGCGGCGUGGAGCUGGCCGGCCAGCCCGAGGCGGUGGCGCGCCCGCUGCUCGACGGUCUGCUGCACUGGAGUGUGUGCCCCGCGGCCGUGGCGGGUGACGCGCCGCCCGCCGCCGCCGCCUCCUCGCCGCUCUCGCCGCGCCGGCUCGCGCUGGAGGCGCUCUGCAAGCUGUGCGUGACGGACGCAAACGUGGACCUGGUGCUGGCUACGCCGCCGCGCGGGCGCAUCGCGGCGCUGUGUGCGGGGCUGGCGCGUGACCUGUGCCGGCCCGAGCGGCCUGUGGUGCGCGAGUUUGCCGUCAAUCUGCUGCACUACCUGGCGGGCGCGGGCGGCUCGGCGGCGCGCGACGUGGCGCAGCACGCACCCGCAGUAGCGCAGCUCGUCGCCUUCAUCGAGCGCGCCGAGCACACGGCGUUGGGCGUCGUCAACCAGCACGGCGUGGCGGCGUUGCGCGACAACCCCGAUUCGAUGGGCACGUCGCUGGACAUGCUGCGCCGCGCUGCCGCCACGCUGCUGCGGCUCGCCGAGCACCCGGAGAACCGCCCCUUGAUCCGGCGGCACGAGCGCCGCCUGCUGGCACUCGUGAUGAGCCAGAUCCUGGACCAGAAGGUAGCGCACGAGUUGGCCGACGUGCUAUACCACUGCAGCCAGCGGCGGCCGGAGGACGGGCGCGACGCGUAGGCCGCGAGAGACUGAUACCUGUCGGUACGUGUACAUAUAGUGUUACGGUGCGCCGCCGCCCGUCGACUCGUCGCUCCGAGAUCGUUCAAGCCGGUGUCUGACGUGUUAGCCUGUACGAUUUUGUUAUUUAUGUCCAUGAUGUUUUAUUUACGAGAAUGUCGAUGUGCUAUAAUCGAUUUCUAUUGUUCGACCGGAGAAAAGAUGUAUUAUAACUCGUAAUUUUGAUUUUUAUAAUAAAAUGGGACUUGAAUCUGUUUAUUGGUUUUAUGAUGGAGAUUUUAUACCGAGUACCUUUAGCGCCUUUGUCUAUAAGAGAAUCCGUAGUGGAGAGUGUGAGGAGCUUAUGUGGGCUAUAAGUUUUAAUUAAGUUUAAUGUGAAUUAUUACAAUAAUCUAUAAUAUAUUGAAAUUGAAUCUGAAUUUUAUUUAUUUAUUUUGUGAAUUGGCAUUUUAUGAUUUUGUACACCUUAAUAAAAUUCACAUUUUAAAAUAAAUGACAGACUUAAAAACUAUUAUUCUCUUGGGUUCUUGAUGUACUUUUUGACCUGUUUAUGGAGAUACUAACUAUAUGUUUCAUAAAUCUACACAGACUCAUUCAACUUAAAGAGUGGGACUCAAAUGUAGUGUUCAAAAUUUUAUACACAGUGCAUAUCUGUUCCAACUAAGUGUAUAUAAACAACAUUGUAUUUUUUAUUAAUAAAAGGUAUAAUAUUUCGAAGAAAUUAAAAUCAAUACAAAGAAAGAGUUAAUAAUUGUGAUGUGCAUGCACAUCUAAGACAAUUAUUUAUUGAAUGAGCAAUUUGUGAAAUAAUUACUUUUUAACAAUCUUGUUUGAUAAAUUUAUCGGAGUAUCUAUUUCUUAUUUACUCUAAUUUAGUCAGAGUUCUAUUAGAAUGCCGUAGUAGACAAUUUAUUUUACUACCUAUAGUGGAAAUUAAAGAUAUUAUUAUUAAAAUUAUUUUACAGAAAACGGCCGCACUCAGAAAUGUGAAUUAAGUUUUAAGUGUGAUUAAUAUUGGUGGUCUCUCUUUCAUUAUGAUAAAUUUAGAGUAAGACAGCUUGUGACUUUAAAUGACAUUAACUAGACUACCCCAAAUUAGGUGGUAGGGAAAAGAACAAAAAAAUUAAAUAACAGUAAAGGGUUAUGUCGUAACUGGUAUAAGCACCAUUAGUGCGUGGGAUAUAGCAGACAGAUAUAUAACACACUCAUUCCAAUUUCGAUUUAUAAUGCUUUAUUUUAUACAAAUUUCACAAAUAUAAAUUUUUUACUCUUGCACAUCCUCAUGAGUAAAAAUUUAUCUGAAAUUCAGAAAAAAUAAAGAAGCCUAUUAAUUUCACACGUGUGACCAUAUAGAGCCCAUAUAGAAUUUCGAUAUAUUAGUAGUUUUUUCGUAAUAUUUGGAGAUAGAAUUGAAAACUUUCUGAUCAUUGUCGAACGUAGACUACUGUACAACAGUCUAAUUAUUCUGUUUUUCUAGCGGUCUUUAUUUUAAAUCUAAAGAAAAUGUUUCUAGAAAAAAAUCCACGGGGACCAGGCAGCAGACGGGACUC